GUGGAUAUGUCUGUAAAUACGUUAGUUAAUUAUGAUUCUGAUGAUACCUUAUCGGAACCUGAUAGAAAACCAUCUCAUGAAAUAUGCCAUCUUGUAGAAGCAAUCAGAGAAAUUAAAAAACAAGAUCAUAACGAACAUACAGUUACUUUACAAAGAGAACGUAUUGAACAUGAAGAAAGAAGAGAUGAUGCAAAUAGAAAUCAACGAGAAAAUGAAUUUACUCUAAAUCUUGAACAACGCAAACAUGAAUUUAAUCAAAAUUUAGACCAACGUGAAAAGGAGAAUCUUCGUGCUCACGAAGUAGAAAUUCGUAAAAUAGAACAAGAAAAUGAAGUAGAAAUUCGUAAAAUAGAACACGAAGGAAAAGAAAAUUCUAAAAUUAUAGU